AUGUCUGAUGACGGAUCGACGGCUGUGGAGAAGAAAGGACGCGGUAGAGCUAAAGCUAAUGGAACACAAUCAGAGGCUAAGGGUGAUACCAAGAAAAGGGGGAGACCCCCAGCAGCAACCAGGACUAAGGAAUCUACAAAAUCCUCAGAUGAUGAGCAAGCUCCAGUAGCGAAAAGAGGUCGAGGUAGGCCUAAGGGAUCCAAGAAAAAGGCAGCAGCUAAAGGCAAGAGUGCACCAGUUGAAGGAAGGGCCCGUGGACGACCACGUAAGGAUCCUGUAAAAGAUGCUGCAUCCACUGAUGAGGAACAGGAUGAAGAUUAUGAAGAUGAGGGCUCUGAGGAGCAGUAA